AUGGUCAGGAUUCAAGAAAACCGUAUUAGUAUCAUCCUUGGAGUUGCUGAGGGUGAAUUUUUCAUCCAUGAUGCUGAGAUUCAGAAAUCAGCCCUUCAGAUCAUCAUCAAUUGUGUCUGCGGCCCAGAUAACCGGAUCUCCAGUAUUGGCAAAUUCAUUUCUGGAACUCCUCGGCGAAAGCUUCCUCAGGCCCCUAAGAGCAGUGAGCAUACACUGGCUAAGAUGUGGAAUGUAGUGCAGUCCAACAAUGGCAUCAAAGUGCUGCUGUCAUUGCUGUCUAUAAAGAUGCCAAUCACAGAUGCUGACCAGAUCCGAGCAUUAGCCUGCAAAGCCUUGGUGGGGCUCUCACGCAGCAGUACUGUCCGUCAGAUUAUCAGCAAGCUCCCACUCUUCAGCAGCUGUCAAAUUCAGCAGCUGAUGAAAGAGCCAGUGCUUCAGGACAAGCGCAGUGAGCAUGUGAAGUUCUGUAAAUAUGCUGCUGAACUGAUAGAGCGUGUCUCUGGGAAGCCAUUGCUGAUUGGCACAGAUGUCUCCCUGGCUCGGUUGCAGAAAGCGGAUGUGGUGGCUCAGUCAAGAAUCACAUUUCCUGAGAAGGAGCUGCUGCUCCUGAUUCGGAACCAUCUCAUCUCUAAGGGCCUAGGAGAAACCGCAUCUAUCCUUACUAAAGAGGCUGACCUACCCAUGACUGCAGCAUCCCAUUCAUCUGCCUUCACCCCCGUUGCGGCUGCUGCCUCUCCCGUGGCCCUGCCUCGCACUCCUCGCAUAGCUAAUGGCAUCUCAGCCCGUUUGAGUAGCCACACUUCUGUAGGUUCUGCUGCCACAUCUGUCCACGCUCAGGCAAGGCCACCUGCGUCCCAAGGUCCACUUGCCCUUCCAGGCCCUUCUUAUGCCAGCAACUCUCCUCUGAUUGGCAGGAUUAGCUUUGUCAGGGAGAGGCCAUCUCCCUGCAACAGCAGAAAAAUAAGAGUGUUGCGACAAAAAUCGGACCAUGGCGCCUACAGCCAGAGCCCAGCUAUCAAAAAGCAGCUGGACAGACACCUUCCUUCCCCACCCACACUGGACAGUAUAAUCACAGAGUACCUUAGGGAGCAGCAUGCCCGCUGCAAAAACCCUGUUGCUACCUGUCCCCCUUUCUCUCUCUUUACUCCCCACCAAUGUCCUGAGCCAAAACAGAGGCGCCAAGCGCCAACUAACUUUACCUCACGGCUGACCCGCAGGGCAGCCUUUCCGAAGUACGGAGGGGUGGAUGGUGGCUGCUUUGAUAGACAUCUUAUAUUUAGCAGGUUCCGUCCAAUAUCUGUGUUCCGGGAAGCAAAUGAGGAUGAGAGUGGCUUUACCUGUUGUGCUUUUUCUGCACGUGAACGAUUCUUAAUGCUGGGUACUUGCACAGGGCAGUUAAAACUAUACAAUGUAUUCAGUGGACAGGAAGAGGCUAGUUACAACUGCCAUAACUCUGCUAUCACACAUCUUGAGCCGUCAAGGGAUGGAUCCUUAUUGCUGACAUCUGCUACGUGGAGCCAACCUCUGUCUGCGUUGUGGGGAAUGAAGUCUGUCUUUGAUAUGAAGCAUUCCUUCCCUGAUGACCAAUAUGUGGAGUUCAGCAAGCACUCUCAAGAUAGAGUCAUUGGCACAAAAGGAGACAUUGCCCAUAUCUAUGAUAUUCAGACCGGCAACAAGCUAUUGACUCUGUUUAACCCAGAUCUCGCCAAUAACUACAAGAAGAACUGUGCCACAUUUAACCCUACUGAUGACCUUGUCCUAAAUGAUGGUGUUCUCUGGGAUGUCAGAUCAGCGCAAGCCAUCCACAAGUUUGAUAAAUUCAACAUGACCAUCAGUGGUGUUUUCCAUCCCAAUGGGUUAGAGGUCAUAGUCAACACAGAAAUUUGGGACCUCCGAACUUUCCAUUUGUUACAUACAGUUCCUGCGCUGGAUCAGUGUCGUGUGGUCUUCAACUAUACGGGCACAGUUAUGUAUGGAGCUAUGUUGCAGGCAGAUGAUGAAGAUGAACUUCUGGAGGAGAGAAUGAGAAGUCCUUUUGGCUCUUCUUUCAGGACGUUCAAUGCAACUGAUUAUAAACCCAUAGCUACCAUAGAUGUAAAGCGGAAUAUCUUUGACUUGUGCACAGACAGCAAGGAUUGCUAUCUGGCUGUCAUUGAGAACCAAGGCAGCAUGGAUUCCAUGAACAUGGAUACAGUUUGCAGACUGUAUGAAGUGGGUAGGCAGCGUUUGGCAGAAGAUGAAGAGGAUGAAGAAGAAGAUCAGGAGGAAGAAGAACAAGAGGAAGAAGAUGAUGAUGAAGAUGAUGAUGAUACAGAUGACCUUGAUGAACUAGAUACAGACCAGCUACUGGAGGCUGAGUUGGAGGAGGAUGAGAACAAUGAGAAUGCUGGUGAGGAUGGAGAAAAUGACUUUUCGCCCUCUGACGAUGAGGAACUUGCCAACCUCCUGGAAGAGGGUGAUGAGGGUGAAGAUGAAGACUCUGAUGCUGAUGAGGAAGUUGAGCUGAUUCUUGGAGAUACUGACAGCUCCGAUAAUUCCGACUUGGAAGAUGACAUAAUCUUGACUCUGAACGAGUGAGGAGCGAGUGUUAGGUGGGGUGCUGCCAGGAGGAAACACUCCCUUCCCAGCAGAAGACCAGAGACCAAAUUGGAAAUGGAUUUUGAGCACCCCAACCCUUUUCCUCCUGGAAAAACCUGAGGAACUUCAGCUCAUCCGCUGUGUUGGUUUGAGUCAGUUUGAGGCUCAGAGCAAAGUCUGAAGCUCUUCAAUAAAGAGAACUGGGGUUAGGCCU